AUGCUGCAACUUUUUACCUUUCUGUUGGAGAAGUUCUCUCUUCUCUUUGACUUCAGACUGUUUGAGUUCAGCUGGCCGGACGGUGAGGGCUGGAAAGGUCACGCGCAGCGCGCUCCCCUGCCGCCCAUCCGAAGGGGAGACCUUCUGGAGGUCCCUAGAACCCUUUUCACCCACUCCGGCUUUUGUUUAGGCGACAAUAAAGUGGUUCACUUGAUCCCCGACAUCCUGCCUGUGCUCACAAGCGACAGGAAACUCAUCAGUUCUGUAAUUACAAACAAGAGACUUUUCAUCAGCUGCAUACGGAUGCGCAUGGACACAUUAGAGGUUUAUGGCUCCAGCAUACUGGUUAAUCCCAUGGACAAAAUGAUGAAGAAUCAAUCAUUGCCCAAAGAAGAUGUCGCUAAGAGAGUUGAAAAACACAACGGAGCCACCCCAUACAGUCUGCUGUGGUAUAACUGUGAACACUUUGUGACAGAUUGCAGAUACAGAUCUGCAGCCAGCUUGCAAACAGAGAAGUUCUGUGAAUGCUUGAAAUCAAUCAUCAGAGACCAGUGCAGAGUGACUGUCACAGGCCUCCUGGGAAUUGUGUCCAUCCUCUGUUUCGGCAUGGCACCAUCAACUACAUUACCCACAAUCCUUAUUCCCUUAACUGUGCAGAUGGCUGGUUGA